AGCACCCCCCCCCGCGAGGAGGAGGGUAGGGGGGGUCCCUCGUGAGCGGGCGGGAAGGGGACUCUGGGGCUUGGUAAUUUUUGGGGCGCCUCUGCCCGUCCCUGUGGGGGGGGGGUGUGUGUGUGAAGGCCCCUCAGGCGGCGCGGCGGGCAGCCCCGGAGCUGGGGCCUGCUGCUGUGCGGAGGCUGCGGCGGCUGCUGCCGGCGGGUCCCGGCCGGGGAGGGAGCCGCGUCCCCCGCCGGCAGCUGAUUAGAAUCAUCUCUGGGAAUCCACUUGAGUCCGCAUUGUCAAAGAUGAAUAGCUCGAUCAUAUUUGUGUGCAUGCAUUCAAGGAGGGAGAAGCUGCCGUGUUGGAUAUGAUUGCACCAGCUUUGAAGCGUGCAGACCUGCCACUGCUAUGGGUGACGCUAUUGUAGACGCAGCCCCUGGGACAGCGUUGGAUCAGUCAUCCGGCCCAGUGCUUCAGGGAAAUGGAGGGACUCCUCUCAGCGUCAUCAGAGAAGGCGUUGGGGAGUUGGCGGUUAUCGACCCUGAGGUGGCGAAGAAAGCCUGUGAAGAGGUCCUGGAGAAAGUCAAGCUGAUGCAUGGGGUCUCCUCAGACAGCGUGGCUAAAUCAGAUGAUGGCAACGAAACGGAGAGUGCUCCACGGACCAACCUGGAACUAGCCAACGGAGACAUCAGAGAUGGCUGUGAAAUCAAAUGCUUGGACGACCCACCCAGCUCGCCUUCCAGGAUCCAGGAGGAGGACGAGACCAUGGCCAACACAGUGAAAAGUGCCCGGAGGCGGCAAAAGAACAACUCGGCUAAGCAGUCCUGGCUGCUCCGGCUCUUUGAAUCCAAACUCUUUGAUAUCUCCAUGGCCAUUUCAUACUUGUACAAUUCAAAGGAGCCGGGGGUACAAGCUUAUAUUGGAAAUAGGUUGUUUUGCUUUAGGAACGAGGAUGUGGACUUCUACCUGCCACAGCUUCUAAACAUGUACAUCCAUAUGGAUGAAGAUGUUGGCGAUGCUAUCAAACCCUACAUUGUGCACCGCUGUCGGCAAAGCAUCAACUUUUCCCUCCAGUGUGCUCUGCUGCUGGGUGCCUACUCCUCGGACAUGCACAUCUCAACUCAGCGACACUCCCGUGGGACCAAGCUGCGGAAGCUCAUCCUCUCUGAUGAGUUGAAGCCAGCUCACAAAAAGAGGGAGCUGCCGUCUCUGAACCCAGUGCCUGACAUGGGGUUGUCACCUUCCAAAAGGACUCACCAGCGGUCCAAAUCGGACGCCACAGCUAGCAUCAGCCUGAGCAGCAAUUUGAAACGGACCGCCAGCAAUCCCAAAGUCGAGAGCGAGGAUGAGCCUGUCAGACUUGCCCCAGAGAGAGAAUUCAUCAAAUCCCUGAUGGCCAUUGGAAAGAGACUAGCCACUUUGCCCACCAAAGAGCAGAAGACUCAGCGUCUUAUCUCGGAGCUGUCUUUACUUAACCAUAAGCUACCGGCACGCAUCUGGCUUCCCACAGCUGGCUUUGACCAUCAUGUGGUGCGGGUGCCCCACACCCAGGCGGUGGUGCUCAACUCCAAGGACAAGGCACCCUAUUUAAUUUACGUUGAAGUACUUGAAUGUGAAAAUUUUGACACCACUAACGUGCCAGCCCGGAUCCCAGAGAACCGCAUCCGGACCACGAGGUCUGCGGAGAACCUGCCAGAAUGUGGGAUCACUCAUGAGCAGAGGGCCAGCAGCUUCACCACCGUUCCCAACUAUGACAACGAUGAUGAAGCCUGGUCUGUGGAUGAUAUUGGGGAACUGCAGGUGGAGCUUCCAGAGAUGCACACCAACAGCUGUGACAAUAUUUCCCAGUUCUCUGUGGACAGCAUCACCAGCCAAGAGAGCAAAGAGCCUGUGUUCAUAGCAGCUGGUGAUAUUAGACGGCGCCUCUCGGAGCAGCUUGCACACACCCCAACAGCUUUCAGGAGAGACCCUGAGGAUCCGUCAGCUGUUGCCCUGAAGGAGCCCUGGCAGGAGAAAGUCAGGCGGAUCAGGGAAGGUUCCCCUUAUGGCCAUCUUCCAAACUGGCGCCUCCUCUCCGUGAUUGUAAAAUGCGGAGAUGACCUCAGGCAAGAGUUGCUAGCGUUCCAGGUCCUUAAACAACUGCAGUCUAUUUGGGAGCAGGAACGCGUGCCCUUGUGGAUCAAGCCAUACAAAAUCCUCGUCAUCUCCGCAGACAGUGGCAUGAUCGAGCCGGUCGUCAACGCAGUGUCCAUCCACCAAGUCAAGAAACAAUCCCAGCUCUCGCUGCUGGACUACUUCCUCCAGGAGCAUGGCAACUACACGACUGAAGCAUUUCUGACUGCCCAGAGGAAUUUUGUGCAGAGCUGUGCUGGCUACUGCCUGGUGUGCUACCUGCUACAGGUCAAAGACAGGCACAAUGGCAAUAUAUUGCUGGAUGCAGAUGGACACAUCAUCCAUAUAGAUUUUGGGUUCAUUCUCUCCAGCUCCCCCAGGAACCUUGGCUUCGAGACAUCUGCCUUCAAGCUCACGUCGGAGUUCGUUGAUGUCAUGGGUGGUCUGGAUGGUGAUAUGUUUAACUACUACAAGAUGCUGAUGCUUCAAGGCCUCAUCGCUGCCCGAAAGCACAUGGAUAAAGUCGUGCAGAUUGUGGAGAUAAUGCAGCAAGGUUCUCAGCUGCCCUGUUUCCAUGGCUCCAGUACCAUCCGCAACCUGAAGGAGCGUUUCCACAUGAACAUGACAGAAGAGCAGCUGCAGAUGCUCAUUGAACAGAUGGUGGACGGCAGCAUGCGGUCAAUCACCACCAAGCUCUAUGAUGGCUUCCAGUACCUCACCAAUGGCAUCAUGUGACAGCUGCGCCCCUACCACCAACUCAGGAUGGCUUUUGCCGCAGCCACAGUGCCCAGCUGGAGACCUGCCACCUGGCCGAGGGAAAAGGUCUUGCCCCCUGUGGUGAAAGGAGCCGAGCAGUAGCAUCUCCCGGAUGCUUGGUUUAUCAGACUUGCAAGCCACCACCAACAAAAAAACAGUGUUCAGAGAAGCAAAAUCCACGUGUGAAAUUGACUAAAACAAAAAGGAUCAUGUGACAACCAUUGCGAUCACGUUUAAUGUGACCGCGGGGUCCAGGCGUUUGUGAGACAAAGCCAUCAGUGCUCUGUGGACAACAGAGAAUUUGCUAGACACCAGAACCAUGUGUACAUCAGUUCCUCCCACCUUUAUUUCAGUAUUAUGCCUGUUGAUGUCCUGUGAACUCUUCCACGAUCUCAUAAACGUUUAGGGCCUGGGGUGGAGGGGGCCAAAACCAUCCUUCUCCCUGAGUCUGGAAUUUGCCGAUAUUUUGAGCCUUCUGCUAGCACCACUUGAAUGCAGUUGAGGUGAAUCCCCAUCAGCCCCCAACUCUGCAUGUUCUUGUACAGCAUUCUCAGCAUUAUUUGACUCUCCUGAUGUUGGUUUGGCUUUUUUCACCCUUUGCACAUUUUAAUGUAAGUUUAAGUUGCAAGUUAAACAACAAACGUGUCUUGAGAUCAUAGGUCACUAGACACAACCCAUGUAGCACAGUCUUAACCUUCUGGAGCAUAGGGUUAUUAGGGCUUAGAUCUUUUUGUUUCCUUUCAUCCACGUCUCUCAUAGUCUGGCCAUGCAACGGCAUGCCCGUCUGUCUGUCUUUGGGCACCUUUUUGACUUUGUUCCACAAAUCUGGGGCUGUGAAGCUUUCCCCUGCAAUAAUAUCAGACUUCAUGCUUCAUGGGUUUGUGUCACCCUGAAUGUCUUGUCCUUGGCUGAUGAUCCCGGUGAUGCAGUAGCCUGGCCCUGAACUUGCACCGCCUUGAACUCAGCAGCAGGGCUGCAUGUUGCUUUGUGUGUGGUAUCCGCACAGGGGUUAUAUUUCCGUGGAUGAUGAUGUUUUUACAUCUACCUGGAUCGGACCUCUAUAUGCAGAAUGUUCCCCUGGAGGUUAUAACCUGUCCCAUCCCCCCUCGGUGGUGUACUUUGGAGUGAGCCAAGUUUCAUGGCUCCCAGGGAGCGAGGCAAAAUGUGGACUGAUGUUGCUAGUUCUCUCCCUAGGGUAACUGAAGGCUAGUCUAGGCUUAUCCAUCUUACCUUGCUUACAUCUUACCUAGCUAGAGUUCAGGAGACGGGUUGAUUUUUAGUUUUGCAGCAAGCAGGGCAUAGCUAGUGCCUUUUUUCAGUUUUAAGUAAAGAAGUGAUCGUGCUAAUUUUUCAUCCCCAGAAACAGGUCAAAAGCAGAUGCUGACAAGCACAAAGUUGCAAAGAACCAGUAGAACGCAGCUGUAAGUGCAGGCUGUUUGGCAUAUAGAUCCAGGGCACGGAAAUAACUCUAUGCUGGGCUGAUUUCAUUUUUAAAACUCCCUUUCCGCUACUGUCUGGCUGAGAACAUCUGUACUUUAUAAAGAGCAACAAAGUUUGAUUUGUUGAAGUUUCUCCAUUUCUGUACGUUAAUAUAACUCUAUUCACACACAAGUCCUUUCCCUUUUCCUCUCUCCCCUCAGUGUAUUCAGACUUCCUGCAGCUGCUGAUCAGAUGGUGGAAUCCCCUACUACCUGAGUGUGUGUGAUUUGUUACCUCAGUCCUGGUCUCCUCCAACCCCCAUUGUCUCCUGUAUGUGGACUCUCAUGUUAAUAGGUGUUUGUUUAGUGCUACUUUGCCAUGUUGAUUAUUUAGCCUUUUUUUGAACUGUAUUUUAACAUUAUGGGAUAGAGGUUUCUGGCAGGAAGAGGCAAUAUUUCCAAGUUUUGCAACCAGAAGUUCAAACCACUGCGUAUGCUCCUGCAGCCCAACCGAUGAACAGCAACCUAGGCUUCACUGUCUCCCAAUUGCAAUUAAAACAUACAGGUCGUGGGGGGCAUAAUCUUCUGUCACUUCCUGAUCUCAAAACUGGUUAUUCUUGUUACCAGUUUGGAAAUGGAUUGGCAAAAUGUAAGGUAUGGCUUUUUACUGUCCACUGAAGGAAUUAUGAAAGGUCUGAAACAUUGACUUUGCAAGGAGUGGAGAAAGCUUGGGUAGCAAUAUGCUGAUCCUUGCAGGUGGGAAUAGAAAAGGACCUAGCACUAGUUUCAUUACAAAAAAAACACUAACCUAGUUGCUUUUGUCUGUUCGUCUGUUCCAUUUUUUAAUUUUUCCCUUUAAGUUCCUCCUUGUAACUGCUCUUGUGACCCAGCUGUUCCCGGAGCAGCCAGCAGGGGCUCGGAAAAGGGGCCGCAGAUUUUAAGGAACAAUCUGAAUUUCUGUGGGAAAGACCCAGCAUUGCAGGGCCAGAGGGGUGGAGCUAGAAAUGAUAGAAUUGUUUGGAUGAUCACUGUGUGGGGCGGAAUGGUAUCACUCUAAUAUAAGGACAAAAAGUAACUAUGAAUGUCGGAAAAAUGAGUGAUAUUUGUCACAUGUUGUAGCUUACAAGCAGAUUUGCAGGCUGCUGUGUUGAAUGUGGUUACACUUCUAUAAUCCACUUGGCAGUGGUAAUUGUGAGGGUAGCAAUUAUUUGUAGGAGUAGCUCAUGACGUGUUGGUCAUUUUGGCUACUACUGAGUUUCAGAGCAGAGAAAGGAUCAUUUUAAAACUUUGCAAUUGGCUUGUUUUUUUGGUGGGGAUCACUGGGAUUUAACUUUUGGGUCAAAUUUAGGCUUAGUUUACUCAUUUAUAUGUCACUUAGCAGCCUGUUGAAUUGUCAGAAAACUGCUUUAGUUGCUAACUUCGUGUUUCAGCUCCUGCCGCGACUCAAGUUUGUUUGGCUGUAAAAAGCCCUGAGAAGACGCUUCAAAUGACUCCAUCUUGCUUUUUAGCUUCCCCCUCUGCAUUUAUCCUGACGUGGAAAUGAACUGCAACCAAGUUCCGCUUUAAUGUAGCAAAUAGCAUACGGAUCCCCAGUGAUCGGAUAUACUGAACCCAUAGUAGCAGCAUUGCUACAAGUGGCAAAUUAGCAAGUGAAAUAGUGUCCCUGUGUACAAGUUACCCAGCCAGUUGGGUGACUUCUGCAGAUUGUUGCUACUUAAUCUGGAUGGGAUCCUUUGGAAUGUAGUUUUCAUUUAAAAUCCUCAUGGAGAGUACAUUUUAACAGCUAAAAGGGGAUGGGCUGCAUGACGGCAAGAGGAGAGGGACAAAAAUAAGAUCCUAAUAGGCCAUACUAAUGGCCUCUCCUUGAGCAGAAGCGAACACCCUUUCUGAUAGCUGCUGCUGGCUACACGGACUAUGUGUGAACCUUUCAAUGUGUGGGGAUUUUUUAUUUUCCUAUUCAAUAAGGAUGGGCCAAACUCAGAAAUAAAAUAUACAACCAGAACUUGAUUUCUAAUAAAAUGUCCUUUUUU